CUUUGACAGCACGUGCAACGGGAAGAGCCGUUUGAUUUUGUUUACGUUUUAUUCGUGCAAGAAUUCCUGAAUAAUGAACAACAUGAAAGAAUAUCCAGUGCUGACAAAUUCACGGCCUGAGUUCAAACAAAUACCGAAAACAUUGAAUAAGCAUCUUGCAAAUUUAGGUGCACCGCAUGUGGACUCUUUCGAUGAAAUGAUAGGUGUCGGCCUGGAGCAAGUGGCUAAAUAUAUGGUGCCACAGCAAUUUCAAACACCUGCCGGCGAGCGUAUUAGCAUAAAUGUUGACAGCAUUUGGAUAUCCAAACCGCAAGUGCCAAUGGACGUGAUUGAUGUGCGCACACGUGAAGUAUAUCCAACAGAUGCGCGACAAUUACACGCUUCCUAUUCGGGCGUGUGCUCCGUGAGGCUUGGUUGGACUGUGAAUGACCUAGAAAAGUCCUCCAUCAAUAUGGAUCUAGGCGAAGUGCCAGUCAUGCUGCGCUCACGUGCAUGCAAUCUGGGCAACGCAUCGCCCGCGGAGAUGGUAAAGCAUGGCGAACACGAUAGCGAAUGGGGCGGCAUUUUUGUGAUACGCGGCAAUGAGAAAAUCGUGCGCAUGCUCAUCAUGACGCGACGCAAUUACCCGAUCUGUGUAAAGCGCUCCUCGUGGAAGGAUCGAGGUCACAAUUUCAGCGAACUUGGCGUCAUGGUGCAAACUGUGCGAGACGAUGAGAUGUCCUUGACUAAUGUUCUGCAUUAUCUCAACAAUGGGACCGCUCGUUUUAUGUUCUCGCACGUCAAGCGUCUUUCCUAUGUGCCCGUCUGCCUCAUACUUAAGUGUCUCAUGGACUAUACAGACGAGCAGAUAUAUAAUUGUUUGAUUCAGGGUUACGAGUCGGAUCAAUACUAUUCAACCUGUGUGCAGAGCAUGUUGCGCGAUGUGCAGAACGAGGGUGUCUAUACAUCUGCUCAAUGCCGUUCAUUUAUAGGAACACUGUUUCGUUCCCGUUUCCCCGAGGUGCCAGACUGGAUGCCAGAUGAGGCUGUAACGGAGUUUAUCAUGCGCGAACGCAUUAUGGUCCAUUUAAACACAAAUGAGGAGAAGUUCCAGCUGAUUGUAUUCAUGGUGCAAAAGUUAUUCCAAUGCGCUCAGGGCAAGUACAAGGUUGAGAAUGUCGACUCAGCCAUGAUGCAGGAAGUUUUGCUGCCCGGACAUCUCUACCAAAAGUACUUGGGCGAACGUAUUGAGAUGUGGCUACUGCAGCUGCGAAAAUGUCUGCUGAAGAAGCUUAAUACACCGGAUUCUCUGGUGAGCAGCAGCAUCAUGUCACAGUGCAUGCGACAAGCGGGCGGCGUUGGCAGAGCUAUGGAAUCCUUCCUGGCCACGGGCAAUGUGGCCUCGCGCACAGGUCUAGGUCUGAUGCAGAACUCCGGCCUUGUAAUUAUGGCCGAGAAUAUCAAUCGCAUGCGGUACAUGUCCCAUUUUCGUGCUAUUCAUCGUGGCUCCUAUUUUACUACUAUGCGAACCACAGAGGCGCGUCAGCUAUUGCCCGAUGCCUGGGGUUUUAUUUGUCCAGUGCAUACGCCUGAUGGUACACCCUGUGGUCUGCUUAACCAUUUGACCCUGACUUGUGAGAUAUCCAAGCGCCCGGAUCCCAAGCUGCUGCAGACAAUUCCCGCUAUGCUAUUAGAAAUGGGCAUGAUUUCAUUAUCACAGCAAGGCCAGCCGAAUGCCAAGCUGUAUGUGGUAUUCCUAGAUGGCAAGCACUUAGGCUACAUAUUUCAGAGUGAUGCUACCAAAAUGGUGGAAGAUCUGCGUUAUGCUAAAAUCACGGGUCAAGUUCCCGAAAUGAUGGAAAUUGGUUUCAUUCCCUAUAAGAAAAAUGGUCAGUUCCCUGGACUGUUUCUUUUUACAGGCCCCACUCGCAUGAUGCGUCCCGUAUGGAAUCUGAAAUGGCAACGAGUCGAAUAUAUUGGCACUAUGGAACAACUGUAUAUGGAAAUAGCCAUAGACGAGAAGGAAAUUUAUCCAGAUUUUACCACACAUCUUGAAUUGUCGAAAACUCACUUCAUGAGCAAUUUGGCCAACUUGAUACCCAUGCCUGACUACAAUCAAUCACCACGUAACAUGUAUCAGUGUCAGAUGGGCAAGCAGACAAUGGGGACACCCUGUCUCAACUGGCCCAAACAAGCAGCCAAUAAGCUUUACCGCUUACAGACACCAGCGACGCCGCUGUUCCGCCCGGUGCACUAUGAUAACAUACAACUUGAUGACUUUGCCAUGGGCACAAAUGCAAUUGUGGCUGUCAUUUCAUAUACCGGCUACGACAUGGAGGACGCCAUGAUCAUCAAUAAGUCCGCCUAUGAGCGGGGAUUUGCCUACGGCAGUAUCUACAAAUCCAAGUUUGUACAGCUGUCCAAAAAGCAGAGCUAUUUUGCGCGUCAUCCGCAUAUGCCAGAACUGGUCAAGUAUUUGGAUACGGAUGGACUGCCGCAUCCAGGCACCAAGCUAAGCUAUGGCUCACCUUUAUACUGCUACUUUGAUGGCGAGAUCUCCACAUUCAAAGUAGUCAAAAUGGACGAGAAAGAGGAUUGCAUUGUGGACAGCGUGCGUCAGUUGGGUAGCUUUGAGUUAAUGCCUCGAAAGACUGUGUGCAUAACGUUGCGUGUGGCACGUCCUGCAACGAUUGGCGAUAAGUUCGCCUCGCGUGCUGGACAAAAGGGUAUCUGUUCGCAGAAGUAUCCGGCUGAGGAUUUGCCAUUUACCGAAUCCGGACUCAUACCGGACAUUGUGUUCAAUCCCCACGGUUUCCCCUCUCGUAUGACAAUCGCCAUGAUGAUCGAGACCAUGGCAGGCAAAAGUGCUGCCCUUCAUGGCGGCGUGUACGAUGCGACACCGUUUCGCUUCUCCGAGGAUAACACAGCUAUCGAUUACUUUGGAAAAAUGUUGGAGGCAGGAGGCUACAAUUAUUACGGCACAGAGCGUCUAUAUUCCGGCGUUGAUGGACGCGAAAUGACAGCGGAUAUAUUCUUUGGCGUGGUGCAUUAUCAGCGAUUGCGUCACAUGGUGUUCGAUAAGUGGCAAGUGCGAUCGACGGGCGCAGUCGAGGCACGCACCAAUCAGCCGAUCAAGGGACGCAAACGUGGCGGUGGUGUUCGGUUUGGUGAGAUGGAACGUGAUGCCUUGAUCUCGCAUGGUGCCGCAUUCCUACUGCAGGAUCGACUCUUUCACAAUUCGGACAAAACACACACGUUGGUGUGCCACAAAUGCGGCAGCAUUUUGGCGCCUCUGCAACAAAUUAUCAAGCGCAACGAGACGGGUGGCUUAUCCUCCAUGCCGGAAACGUGUCGACUCUGCGGCGAAAGCAGCAGCGUUUCCAUGAUCGAAAUACCCUUCUCGUUCAAGUUUCUGGUCACUGAGCUGAGCUCGGUCAAUAUAAAUGCCAGAUUCAAGCUUAAUCAGAUUUAAACUUAGUAAUUCAAUUGUUGACAUACUUA